CACUGCGCUGCAUCGGCGAGCGCGAGACCCUGGGGUCCCUCUCCCCCGUGGACUGUGUCGUCCUGUGUGCCUCUGGAUUCUGGGGGGCCGCACCCAUGACGCGUCCGUUCGCUGCGGGACACCGCCCGUGUACUAUCCCCACCGCAACGUUCUCCAUGCCCGCCUCCGAUCUCCCAACAUACCCCCAAACAGACUGCACUCCUUACCGCCCACAGCAGCUCGACCCUCGAUCCUGGCCCCAAACAACUUCCGACAGCCCGCCCUCACGCUCGCUCGGGAACACUUCUCGAAGCUUACAACUGCCCGGCGCACGGGGGCACGGGCGUGAUCGUGUCCCUGGCGAGGAGGUGAGGCCUCCUGCAGCGUCAAAGCUCCGACGCCACGAUGCGGGUGUGGGCCUGGAUAUAGAACUUCUGCUCCGUGCACUGGACAUAGCAGCGCGCCGACGCCCACAGAUACUGACAUGUUGUGAAGUAUUGGUGUUUCAUUCUCGUGGGUGCGGUGCGCAUGGCGAGUCCUUGCCAUGCGCAUGCGGUGGAGGGGGCUGAGACCGUGGGAGGCGUGUUGGCACUGGGGCUGGUGCGUUGUGUUGGAGGACUGGUGGCAAGAAGGGGAGGACGGGCGGGGCUGUGCGUGUGUUCGCGAAGGACAUCGUAGUACACUUGACGGUGGAGAGGCACAGCAGUCCGUGUGUCACUGUCAGAGGACUAAGCGCAGUGGAGGGUAUUGGUAAAACAGUAAAAUGUCUAUUCGCAACCCUAGUAGAUACAAACGAUACU